UGCUUCAAUCAAGGGAGGCCGCAAUGUCGGCGCGGGCGGUAUGCCGCAUUGUGAACAUUUCGGAUGAGGGCAAGGUGCUGGCGCCGGGGCACCACCUCUGCGAGUCCGCGCGCCUCAGCAUCGAGGGCCUCGGUCGGAGCUUCGUGGCGGCCAAGGUCACGAGGAAGAGCUUCGAGCUCCGCGAGGUCCAGCGGGUGGCGCUCCAAAGCUUCGACGCCCAAAGCGGCGUGCUGCGCACCGCGGUGCCACACCGGCUGUCGAAGAAUGACGACAUCAGCUUGCUGGGCAUGAGCCACCGUGGAGAGAUCUACGAUGUGUCCUACAGCAUGUCCUUCAACUUGAACAUUCUGGAUGAGAGAACCAUAUGCCUCGAUGCCGGGCGGGAGGGCUAUACACCGCCCCACACUCUGAAGCACAUCGCCGAGCUUGAAGACCAUGUGCUUACAGGCGGCGUCUUGGUGCACCGCAGCCCCAAGCCGGUGGACCUCUCGCAGCGAGGCCAAGUAGCCCGCCUGCUAUGGGCAGAAGAGGAGGGCGGCCGGGCGCAAGCGACGGCGCGCUGGGUUCAGAGUUUGAGAGUGGUGGGCUCGAAAUGGCGGCUGCACCGCUUCAG